AUGGCUUCCAUAUACUUUCUAGGUAAGGAACCAGAGCUGUUUGUGGAUAAAUGCUACUACAAGGACACUUAUUUGUUAGUGUAUGCAGGCUCCAUUCCACCGAUUCAAAGUGAAAGACAUUGGCUAGUAGUGUAUAUGCCUAUUGAUCCUCCACCAAUCAAAAUUGGGCAUAAUAAAAUAAAGUGCCCUAACAAGGACAAUGUACAACCACCUGAACCUGCUCUAAAAAGGGCUAGAGGGAGGCCUCGCAAGGAUGUUGCAGCUGCACCUCAACCUACACCAACAUCUGUGCAAUCCACUCAGGCUACACCCUCUUCUAGGCAACAAAUUGAUACAACCCACCACUCCCUAACUGCUCAACCUACCAUACUUGGUAGAGGAGGAAGAACAAUAAUAAUGGGUAAGGGAUCAAGGGGUGGAAGGGGUAGAGGAGGUGCUGCUGUCAAUGCUGGAAGGGGAAGGGGUUCAGAUGUUGCUAGUUCUAGCAGAGGUGCUUCAAGUGGGAACAGGGGAGUAUGA